GGAAAUGAUUCCCGCUGUUCCAUUGUUUUGGGGGUGUCUCUUCAGCCUGCCUUCCGCCUCCGGCCUCCAACUUUAUUUGUCUCAGCCAUCAUGCGAACCACGCGGAUGGGAAUGCGGUCAUGGAGUCUUAAACGUGUUCACAGCUUCCAACUACCAGGUCAACCUGCAUAAAACCUUAUAAUUUAACUCACAGAAUCAUCCAAGCUAACUAGCAUUGCACGAACAAAUCUGUGGCAAGGUUUUGGCGCCACGAACGGAUCGAUCGAUCUCACUCUCCUGAUCGACAAGGAACGGUGGAUCCGAAGCCGAUCAUUGCUCUCCUCGUAAGUUUAUUGUUCUGAGGGAGCGCACUAUGCUAAAUAGCAGAAGCAAAUCCCACGCAAGGAAUUGUCAUUUCCCACCGCGUACUUAAGACGGAGCAGGCCCCUCUUCCCGACAGACUCGCGUGUCACACAACCUGAACGGUCCAAUCGAAAGAUGCGACUCUCUCCAAUCUACGUGCUAUCAUGGGCUCUUCAGGCCUCAGCUACCAUUCUGCAGAAUGGUCAGGUCCGAGAAGACCCAUACCCUGGUCAGGCUAAGGCUAUUUCGUUGGAUGAUGGCUCUUGGCGAACAUAUCAGCCGGAUGCGUCGGAGAUCGCGUACAAGGGAAGAUGGGAUAGUAAAUAUGUUUCUUGGUGGUCACUUCCGGGUAUCAAACUUGGGUUUACGGGCGAGCAGCUUGCUGUAAGCUUCGGCCCACAGACGAGUGAAGGCGUCCUUUUGGCUUAUCGAAUCGAUGGUCUGGACUGGCAAUUUUCCAAUGUGACUGCGAACUCAACAUAUCAAUUUGCUGGGUCGUGGACCCCGGGGUUGGAUUUGUCCAAGAACAACACAUUUGAAAUGAGAGUCACAAACUGGGGCUAUGGAGUUCAAUUGGCUGGUGUCUCGGUCGCUUCGGAUUCGCAGCUUGUCACGGUCCCUCAAUACAACAAGACUGUGGAAAUCAUCGGUGAUUCCUUCGCAUCGGGACAAUAUGGUACUUACGAAGGACUUUCCUCAUGGGCAUACAACUACGCCGCCGGGUUAGGCGACGUCGAAUACUCGAUCACCGCAUACCCCGGUAUCUGCUUGACGGAUGAACAAUGCUACGCGGACAAGGCGCGCGGGAUGACACACCAAUGGUUCUACGCCUCCGAUGCAGGUGUGCGUGCGAAUGCCACCUACGGAAACCAACCCGAGAAGUGGGAUUUCAGUGCCCAUCGAGCGGCAGAUCUCGUCAUCAUUGACCUGGGUACCAACGACCACCGAGCCGUAAAUGACAUUCCCGGCUCGACCUUCUAUGACAGCUACGUCGAGCUCGUGACCAGCGUGCAUGAAACAUGGCCAGACGCGCAGAUAGUUAUCAUGUCCCUUUGGGGCAACUUCACCCGCUCAGGCGACACCUACGUCCAAUCCCCCUUCUACGUCUCUGAGAUCCAGCGCGUGGCCGAGCAUUUCCAGGACGACGGAUUCGUGUAUUACUUCGACACCAAGGGCGUCCUCCAGCACAACGACAUCGACCCUCAAGAGCACCCGACCGACGUCGGCCACAUCAAAGUCGCCAGCCACUUGAUGCAAUGGACCAAGCUCAAACUCGGAUGGGAAUUUGGAGCCACAGGACCCGAAGUCCAGCACGACACGCUGUACUGGAACAACGAGGAUAGUUAUCGGCGAUCCUUCACCGGCAGCUACUGAACUACGCGUCUGCAUCCAUCAUAUACAUAAUGAUAUACAAUAGACAGAUCAAUAUUACUAGAAUGUGGGAUAGCGACUACAUGCUGAGACACAGCAAGAAGAAUCCUCCUCGCUCUGGGUUUGCAACAACAUGAGUGAAUCGCAUGUCCGCUUGUUUUCGGUAUUAAGAGGCAUACAGCAGACGACACUCGCUCAAGGAUGAUUAGGGCCUCAGAGGGACUUGUCGUGGCUGGGGUUUAAUACCACUUUUUGCUUGCAUGGAGAAAUCACUUCGUGCAUACAUUAAGCAAGAAGAUGAUAACCCCAGAGUUUGGUAAUUGUUAAUGUUGUCGUAAAUUUGAGGUUGUCGAGAGUUGCGCGCCUGCAUACAUUAUAGCAGACGACGAACGGUGCGACAAGC